AGCGGCUCUUUACGACGGCUGCAUGCCCGAAUUCAUGGCAUACACGCGACGACACCGACGCGUCUAACCCCGGGCAGCCUCGACACCACCGAUCAGGGGAUGAGGGCAGCCCUGCUCGUCGCAGCAGCCACAGCGCAGCUCUACGAGCCCGACAUCACACCCCAAGAACCACAAAGACGCUUCGUCGUCACGGCGGGCUGCCCUGCUACACUAAACGCCACGUCCCAGAUCCGCCUUUUUGUGGCUGUGCCGUCGGCCGCAUCUUAUACGCACCGGCGCCAGUGGGCGCGCGCGUCCUGGUGCCACGAAGCGAGACGAUUGAGCAUAGCGGUCAAGUUUUUUGUUGGAUCGAAUUCUGAAAUAGACGACCUGCGGUAUGGCGACAUAGUAAGGGUACCGAGCUGGGACGGCCAGGACAAUGUGACUAGCAAACAAUUGCACUCGAUGCGCUACUUCGCCAGCCUUUGUGGCGAUACGGUGCGCGACUGGCCUUUGCGUGAUGAUGUUAUAAAACCGACGCACUACAUGCGCGUCGAGGACGACGUCUACCCCUUCGUUUCCACUGUGAUUGAGGAACUCACUCAAAAACACAUCCGAGCCGUGCCCCGGCCGUUUGAUGUCCAAGAACCCUUCCUCUGGGCUUUGAUCAUCCAGGGCAAGCCGCCCUACCCCGCCGGCUCGGGAUUCGUGUUAUCUGCCGAUGUGGUGAGAGCCGUGGCCGCCGCCGAUGCCGUUAUAGAGUGGGACACGGGCGCGCCCGCGCCGGAACAGACCCAAAAACCGAGCUGGGGCAAGGGCGGCUGGCGCCACACGCCCUACAUGGACGGGAGCUGGUCGACGGACGACGCGUUCGUCGGCUUGCUGGUCGCGCCGUUCCGCGUGCACAAGUACGACGAUCGGCGCUUCCACGAGGCGCCCGGCGCCGGCGCCAUCAACGGCUGGCCCGCGUCGGCCAAUUCUAUUGUGGUUGCGGGGUUGAGGGAGUGGCUGGACUUCUUCCUGCUUGGACAGAGGGACUUCGACGGCUUUAAUCAGAGAAGAGGCACGCCGGGUUUAGAUCAUCACGCCGACGGGACGUCGUCCUUAAUGAUGGAGGUGAACGGGAUUCAGCACCGAAUAGACUUCGAUUCCUGCGCGGGCAUGGGCGAGGCGGCGGCCGCGGCGUGCGUCUCAUUCAGUCUCGACGCGCCGACGUGCGCGUCGCUCACGGCGCACUUCCGCCGGGCCUGCGGCGCGGCCGAGGUCCACAAGGGCGCCGUCCUGUCCGGGCGGUUAGAUUUUUAAUGUGAAUGUAAUCGUA